CAAAAUAUGUUCACCUAAAUAAGCGAUUGUGCCACAAACACAAGAGUCACAACAGUAGCAGACCAGUUUAAAGAUUAGUAAAGGGACUUUAACAUGGUGUAAAACGGAUGUAUCUCAAGUGAGCCGCUGUUCGUCAAGACAAGCAUCUCAUCGGAUUGAUUGGACAAAUGUGACCUUUGACCCUGGAGGCUGGGCACCCGUUGAACGGCAUGAAGAAAGUCAGACGCUCGCAGGAAGUGCUGACCGACAGCAAAAUGGUGGACACGUGUUGUGUUCUAUGCAGAACCUCAGAUGACGACCCAGCCUUGUUUGGGGAAAAAAUCACUGUGCAGGAGCACAACAUCUCUGUGCACUACUUCUGUCUGCUGACAUCCUGUGGUGUCUACCAGCGAGGUGAGGACAACGAGGGUGUGUUUGGUUUCCUGGUGAACGACAUCAAGCAGGAGAGUCGACGCUCAGCCCGACUCACAUGUUGUGUGUGCAAGAAGAAAGGCGCGUGUGUAGGCUGUUAUGUGAAAAGUUGCAGAAAGAUGGUUCACUUCCCGUGUGGACGCAAGCACAACUUUAUUUCUCAGUUUACUGGAAACUUCCCGUCUUACUGCUCUGACCACAGUCCCUCCCAGUCUGUGUGCGUGACCUCUGACCUCACUCCGCCAAAGUCGUGCUCCGUGUGUUUGGACUCCCUGGAACCCGUGCUGUCUUACAACAUCCUCAAGUGUCCAUCCUGUCACGGCAGCUGGUUCCAUAGAGACUGUGUGCAGCGCCAUGCGCAUAGCGCCGGCCUAUUCUUCUUCAGGUGCACGCUUUGUAACAACAAGGACGAAUACCAGGAAGAGAUGCUGCGGAUGGGAAUAUACAUACCAGAGAGAGAUGCAUCAUGGGAGUUGGAGGCCAACGCCUACGCAGAGCUGCUGGAGGUCUAUAUGAACUGUGAUGCCCACUUCUGCCUCAGUGACAACGGACGUGCACACUCUGCUAAGACUGGGUGGUUUGAAGUAAUCCGCUGUCGGCUGUGUGGAUCCAGAGGGACUCAUAGGAAGUGUUCUGGACUUAAGGUGGACACCAGAGACUGGGCUUGUCCUGAAUGCGCCAAGGCGACUGAUGGCAAAGCCUCCCUGGUUGCGUCUCCUCAGGGGGUUCCGAGGAGGAGUCUGCUGUCCAAACGUCGCCAGCCCUCAGCCCCCUCAUCCAUCAGCUGCAAAAGGUUGUCAUUACCUGCAGCGUCAGGAUCUCCCGAAGAGCUCCUGCGGGCUUUAGCGCCUCCGCGAUGCCCCCUGCUGGCUGAGCUCCAGGUGGAGGUGAGCGGGGACCAAGCGCUGUCUGCUGCUUUGAAGCUGGUCAGGAGGCCAGACUUUGACCCCACACUCCAUCUGUCCGUCAGGUUCAGAGACGAGCAGCAGAAGUUUCCCAGCAGCCCUUGGAGCAGCGACAUGGCCAGGCAGUACUUCUUCAAGCUCCUGGUGCAGCAGAUUCAGGACUCUGUGCUGUUUGAGGGUCCAGAUGGAUGUAAAAACCUGGCGCUGGACUCUCAGGCUCUUCGGGACGACUUGUACUUUGACGUCGGCUGCCUGCUUGCGCUCGCUGUGGUGGACGGCAGGUCGCAAGUGGGAUUCUUCUCACGUGCACUCUACCAAUGCUUGUUCAACUUCCCACCCAAUCGCCCACUCAGCAUUGCUCACAUGACGCGGGACACGCGCCUGAGCCACCAAGUCCGCAGGAUUGCGGCGGCGGAGUCUAUGGUUGAGCUCAGGGACGCCAUGGCGGCCAGCAGGGACUUCCUUGACCUGGCAGGCUGCAAGCAACCAAUCAGAAACCUCCAGGAAAGAGAUGCCCUGGUGGAGGACCUCGUGAGCUUCACAUUGAUCACCAGGAUGCAGCUGCCACUGCAGAGGUUUCGGGAAGGCCUGCAGACUCUUGGCGUCUUUAAGCAGGUGCAACUCUUUCCAUCCGUCUUCUGCAGCGUCUUCUGUGAGGCAGAGAUUCAACUGUCGGCGCAGAUGCUCGUUCAGCUCUUUGUCGCUAAAUUCUCACCGCAGGAAGAGCGUGUGAACAGAGAGACGGCCGUGGUCAGCUUCUGGAGACACUUCCUGUUUGAGUGUGAAGUCGGGCGGAGCUCUGUCUCCCUGCAGGACCUCCUUCACUUCAGCACAGGGACCGAAAGGCUGCCGGCCGCUGGCCUGCUCCCCCCUCCCUCCAUGUCUUUCCUCCACCCUCCAAGCUCCGCCCCCUGUGAUAUGGAGGAGUGUGGGGAGGAGUGUCUCUUCCCGCAGAGCAAGCCUGACAAGAACCUCCUCCUCCUACCUGUCACCUCCUCCUAUGGGGUAUUCAAAAGCUCCAUGGAGCAGGUGGUCAGCCACCACAUGCACCUCCUGCCCAACGUUAUGUAGAGGCGGAGUCAGGAGCCUGGUAAAUGAAAGACAAUAAACAAAAGCCAACAUGGAAGCAAUAUUAUUACUGUUCUUCUCAAUGUAAGUGUCUCUUUGUUUUUUUAUUAUUCAUAUAAACGUGGCUUUGUUUGUGACUUUAUGUUCGUCAUGUGUUCAUUUACUUCAAUCCAAUGAACAAUGACUUUAGACAUACAGAGUAAGCAUCAAUUAAAAAGCUUCAU